AUGGUCGACGAGAUAUCAUGUCAUUUGGUUGGCGUCAUUGACUGGGCAGAAGCUGAGAUCUGCCCGUUUGGCCUAAAUGUUGAUACUCUACAAGCCUUUACAGGCAAGCUCGAUUAUCGGCAAGGCUGGACACGUUAUCAAGAUUACGCCGACUUACAGGAUACAUUUUGGGACGUCUUCACAGAGGAGGUGGGAGGCUUGACGGAGGAUGAGAUACAAGCUAUCAAGCUGGCGAGGAUCACAGGCCUACUGCUUUCUCAUGGCUUCGCCAGACGGCUUGCAAAUGAGUCUCCUGCCGUCCCUAUUCGUGACGAUAAGGACGGGUGCUACAACAUGCUAUCUCUAGAUGCAUUCCUGGUCAAUCCAGCAACCAGAUUCGAGGAUCUUGAUUGA